AUGCUCGGUAUCCUCGUGACGACUUUGGCCCAAAAGGAGAGGGAAGUGAAGAGCGAGCGAGAACGUCGGGAACGCGAGGAAAGAUCGAAAAGAGAGCAACAGCAUCGUGAGGACACACUCAGAAAGGAACAACAAGAGCGUGAGGCGAAAGCCAGCCGCGAAAAGGCCGCGAAACGCCAACGCGCCAAAGCCGCAGAGGAGGCUAAAGCGAAGCGGUGA